AUGAAACAUCUGCUCCCCCAGUUCCCUCCAAUCCUGGCCAUCUACUGCUUCUGUAUGCUGCAGAUUCCUCCCUCAGGAGCUUCUCCAUCUGUAGCUGAUCCUCCCGACAGCUUGGAUAUUGCGGAUCCCGAGCGACUGGCACACUUUCUGAACCUGAGGGAAACAGGUUCUAACCAACCUAAGGAAAACCAGGAUGCAUACAAAAGGUUUUUAUUUCACUACUCCAGAACUCGGAAGCCAACACACCCAGUUAACUCUGAGAUUGCUCCGGUCCAUCCAUUGAUGCGCCUGGCCGCCAAGCUCGCCAGCCGAAGGAUGAAAAGACUUCCGGGAUUGCUGCGCCCACAUUCCAGGAUGGCGACUGUGGGCUUCCCUAAUAAGGAUCCUACUACCAGCUUGGGGCGGCCAUUUUUCCUUUUCCGGCCUAGGAAUGGAAGAUACACUGACAAAUUCCAGUAG